UCCGUGUGCUUGCACUCUCCCUCCCUCCCUCUCUCUCUUUACAUCUCGUAAGUUGGCCGCUAUACGGUCGCCUCACCUGCCCGCCCGCCCGGCCAAUCUCCUCUGCCUCUCCUUUUACGCUUUCUUUUUCGACGCGGAAGAAUGUUUCGCCUUUUCCCACCCCUUGUCUCCAUGCUGCUGCUGCUGCUGGUGGUGGCCGCUAGUAGUGGCAUCGCAAAUGCGACGCCAUGGUGUGGAUCAGAGCGACCCUUGGCGCAGCUGCACCCUCGCGUAGAUGCGUCUGAGCACUUUACGCCUCGUCAUCACGCCCAUGCUCGCGCUCGAGGGCAAGGCGAAAAGCCGACGACGGUGGUGCCGAUCGCAUGGCACGUCGUGUACAACAAGAAAGCCGGCAAUGUUUCUAGCGCCACGAUUCAAAAGCAGGUGCGCAAGCUUGACGAUGUGUAUAGCAAGACGCUGGGCAUCAAGUUUGAGAUUGCCAACAUCACAAGGACCAGGAGCGAUUGGGCCCAGACGGCUUUGACGUUGAGCUACCUCAAGGACUCGGCUAGCAGACAGAUGAGGGAAGCCCUGCAUACGGGAGGGCCGGGAACCAUCAACGUCUACUCGCUCGAUUUUCCAGAUGCGCGCGGCAUCGAACUCAAAGGAUACUCUUCCUUUCCAGAAGACAUCAGCCGCUCUCCCAAGCUAGACGGUAUCAGUUUCGAUUACAAGACGAUGCCGGGCCAAAUUCGCAACGGGACGACGUCGAUCGGAAUGACGUUGGUGCACGAGAUGGGUCAUGCCUUCGGUCUGCAACACACCUUUGUUGGUGGCUGCGACGGCGAAGGAGAUGGCGUGGAGGAUACGCCGGCACAACAAUUUCCCACGGGCUACACCUCCGGCUGUCCCGUGGGUCAGGUGGAUAGUUGUCCCAACUUGCCGGGCAAGGACGAUGUCUCCAACAUUAUGAACUACGUGCCUCAGCAUUGCUACAGACCCUACGGUUUCACAAAGGGACAAAUAGCCAGGAUGAAGACGCUCUCUAGCGAAUACCGCGGCUUUACCUUUUAGUGUGCUGGCAUGGCCAAGGCAUGAUCAUUCU